UAGAUGGUGACGUCACUACGUUAUUGUCAGUAAGACCGGUGUGACACAAUGUUACUGCUAUUUUAUUAUGUUUUGUCUGGUACCCUGCCUUAAAUAGGUAAACAAAGAACCAGAUGAAAAUUGCGAAUUAAGUUCAUCGAACGUUUAUAUCUUUAUCGUAUAGUUUAUACACAGUUUCUUAAUAAUGUCGUCUCUAGAAUUAAAGGAUUUUGUAUGGGUGGGUGUAAUCGCAGUUGGACAUGCAUUUCAGUUAGGACAUGCGGCGACGGAAGUUGCGGUGCUGCGACGGAAGUACAAAAUAAACCCGCCCACGAUGGACGGACCGCCGGACUUCCUGCGAGCGGUCCGAGCUCAACAAAACUGCUUAGAGUUCAGCGUUCCGUUUGAAAUAGUCCUAUGGACGUCGGCUGCAUUUUGCCACCAAGCGCCAACUGCAAUGUUGGGAAUGGUCUAUCUGUACGCCAGACAAAGAUACAUCAAAGGCUACAUUGAGGCUGCAGAGAAAAGGGUACCUCCAUUCUGGUUGAGUAUCCGCGCCCUACAGGGCUUGUCAGUGCUCAGUAUUACGGGGCUGAUCAACGUGGUGCUCCGGGAGUACGCGGGGGUAAACCUUGUUGCCAUGGCGAGGGAGCGCAUCUUUUGAUUUUAAUAAAUGGUAAAAUGAAA